AAUCGAGAAACAAAAAAUUCCGACUGCUUUUUUUUUUGUCUAGGUUUUUGUGCGAAACAGAGAAAGAAUCAGAAUCGAUGGCAACGACAACAAGAAGUCAACGAUCGGAGUCGCAAGGGAACGCGAACAAGACGAUUACGGAGAAGCGAAAGCCGGUCUUCGUUAAGGUGGAUCAGCUAACGCCGGGAACCAACGGCCACAAUCUGAUUGUCAAGGUCUUGAACUCCAACACCGUAUUGCAGAAGGGCCGCGCUGCCUCCCAGCACCUCCGCCAAACCCGGAUUUCCGAAUGCCUUAUUGGUGAUGAGACCGGGACUAUCCUCUUCACUGCUCGCAACGAUCAAGUUGACAUGAUGAAGCCUGGCGCGACAGUAAUUCUUCGUAAUGCUAAGAUUGACAUGUUCAAGAGUUCAAUGAGGUUAGCUGUGGACAAAUGGGGCCGCAUUGAGGUUACCCAAUCUGCUGAAUUUGUAGUUAAGGAGGAUAACAAUCUGUCCUUGGUUGAAUAUGAAUUGGUGAAUGUGACUGAAGAAUAAUGCAAAUAUCGCAUAAGGUUGGUUUGUUUUGAUGCUUAAAAGCAGUACUUUAUUGAAGUUCGAAGGCGUGUGGUUGUUUUAUGGCCUCAUGAAAUGCUAUUAUUGAGGUGCAAGUUCUGUCUACAUGCUGAACGCAGAUAAGUUAUUAUCUUGUUAACAUCGCAAGUAUCGGUUUGAUGUGAUUUGUCUAAAAGAUGUGUUUAUGUCUCCGAUGAACAAAUAUUGGUCACUUUAUGUGGAAAAGCAAAUUAAUUAAAGUGCUUAUAGUUAGCUUAUUUUGUCUUC